AAUCUUCCAUCUUCUUGUGGGCUUCUCCGCGGCCGUCCGUCCGGCGUUGCUGCGCCCUCCCGUCCGCGCGCCCGGCCGCGCCGCCGCACCGAUGGCGCAGCUCCUCUUCGGUGACGAGGCGGCGGCGCAGCCCGGGAUCGGCGAGCCAAAGCCGCCGCCCUUUGACUUUGCGCCCGCUUCGUCGCGGCCGGACGAGGUGGUGCACGGAGCGGCCGCCGCGCCGUCGGCGGCGGAACUGGGCGACUGGCUGGCGCACAUGCAGGGCGCAGGCAUCCGGCGCGCGGUCGCCUUCCUCUCGGCCGAUGAGGCCGCCGCCCGAUCGCCUGACGGCACCGCCGGGGGCUACGCCGCCGCGCUGAGCGCGGCGGGCGUGGGCUCGCCGCUGGUGCUGGAUGCGGCGUCUCCCGCCGCCGCCGCCGCACUCACCGACGCAUGCACUGCGGCGAGGUCUGCGCGCGAGAAGCUGGUCGUACACUGCGCCGACGGACGCUCCUCGACCAACCUGGCGCUGGCCACCUGGCUGCUCCGCGACUACAUCGGCAGCGAGAACGUGGCCGAGGCGUGCGACCUGCUCAGCGCGAGCCGCCGCAAGACCAAGGUGGAGCGGCGCCUCGACCCGGCGGCGCUCGCCGCCUUUGUCGGCGUCGAGUAUGUGCCUCCAAAGGAGGACGGCGGCCUGGCGACGGGGGCGAUCCAGGAGCUCGCGCCCGACGGAGCGCCGCCGGAGGAGCCGAGCAGCGGCGAGGGCGGCGGCGGCCCCACCCGACUCUCGUCCGGCCUCUACAUCGGUUAGUAGAGAGGCUCUCUUCCGCGGCCUCGCUCAUGUGCACAUGAUUAGAAAUGAUAGAUGUGGUGUGAUGUCUUGUGAACAC